UCCAGGAGAAGGACAAACCGAACAGUACAACGAUGAACGGUUCCCCAGGCAGUGGGAUACGCAGCGACCAGAUGGGCGUGAAGAUCGAGCCGGCGGAAGCAGAAUCGUUGUCCACGUCUGGUAGCAGCGGCAUUCUAACGCCGGUCAGCCCCUACGGCUACGUGAAGCCGAUCAGCCCGGAGCAGGAGGAGCUGAUACACAGGCUCGUGUAUUUCCAGAACGAGUACGAGCAACCCAGUGAGGAGGAUCUCAAGAGGAUCACUCAUCAGCCCUCAGAGGGAGAGGAUAUCAGUGACUACAAGUUCAGGCACAUCACCGAGAUCACAAUCCUGACGGUGCAGUUGAUCGUCGAGUUCUCGAAGAGGUUACCCGGCUUCGACGAGCUGAUGCGCGAGGAUCAGAUCGCCCUGCUGAAAGCCUGCUCCAGCGAGGUGAUGAUGCUUCGAAUGGCGAGGAAGUACGACGUACAAACGGAUAGCAUAAUAUUCGCCAACAAUCAGCCUUACACCAGGGACAGCUACAACGUGGCAGGCAUGGGCGAGACGAUCGAGGAUUUACUACACUUCUGCCGGCAAAUGUACGCCAUGAAAGUGAACAACGCUGAGUACGCGUUGCUGACGGCCAUCGUCAUAUUCUCAGAGAGGCCGAACCUGCUUGAAGGCUGGAAGGUCGAGAAGAUCCAAGAGAUCUAUCUGGAGGCGUUGAAGGCGUACGUGGACAACAGGCGCAGGCCGAAGUCCGGCACGAUCUUUGCGAAGCUUCUGUCGGUGUUGACCGAGCUGCGAACCCUCGGCAACCAGAACAGCGAGAUGUGCUUCAGUCUGAAGUUCAAGAACAAAAAACUGCCACUAUUCCUCGCCGAGAUCUGGGACGUGACACCCUAGUUCCCCCGUGGCCGAUCACCGUCGGCUAACAGUGUUGUUUUUUCAUCGCGAUUCCGCGCGGCGUCCGGCACGACGACGUGGCUUACAGAGCGCAGCGUCAUCGACAGACGUGGACCGUGGACGUGGAGAACCUCCUGUACUAGUGCACCACCAUGCCACUGCCUGAGUAGUAGAUUACCGAUGUCUUUGAGCAGCAUCGGCUUGUUCAGAAUUCGCUUCUCACCUUCUCUACGCUCUGCACCGGCCUCUUGAAGCAGGUCGCAUGAGAGCCUAGUUUUUUUUCGGCAGUGCUAGUUUGGAGCUAGACGCGGAGGAUGAUGCGGAGGAUAAUGAAAAACGAGAAAGAAAGAAAGAAAAAAAAAAGAACAAGAGAAAAGAAAAGAGUCAGGAAGAAGGCAGUGGCGAGGCACCCAGGCUGUGAUACGUAGAGACAGUACAGAGACUGUAAUAAGGAGCUACAGUUAUGUUAUUACUAUAUCCUCUACCUGGCUACCCCCGGAAUCGAUAUGUAAAUGUAUAAUGUGUAAUUGUAAUAAGGGAAAGAGGCGGGCGCGUUGUAAGAGCAACCAAGCGAGUACGAAUGUGCGACCGGAGAAUCUAUAGCUAUGGAGACCAGAGUGUGUGAAAGAGCGUGUGUCUGUUGAUCGUAUGCGUGCACAGUUUUCGGCUGAAAUUGUGACUGAUCAACGAGAUAAUCACGACGAUGAUUAAUGAUUUAAUCGCACUCUGUGUAGCUUUGCGCUAGCAGAUAGAGAUAGAGAGCGAGCGUGUGAGAGAGAGAGAGAGAGAGAGAGAGAGAGAGAGAGAGAGAGAGAGAGAGACGAGGUAGGCCAUGGCCAGCUGUUGAGCAGCGAUCUGGCCUAGCCGAUGUACGAAUCGAGUGCGAAGUGACAAAGAAACAAAAAGAAAAAAAAAUGAUGACGAUGAAGAAGAAGAUGAUGAUGAUGAUGAUAAUGAAAAAUAAUAACAAACGAUACGAUUAUACAUAAUGAUACCAUAGAGUAUCACAGCAUAAUAAUAUAUUGCUAGCAUGUACAUUGUUUAUACGAGAAAAGAAAAGUUUUGGAGAGACAGAGAGAGAGAGAAAGAGAGAGAAAGAGAGAGUGAAUGAAUGAUGAAGAGUUGAAGAGUUGAUCGUUGAUGAUGGUGGAAAUGGUUUUUUCCGCGACGAAUAGGUAUAUAUUCAGAAGACGAGGCUUGGCAUUUGCGCGCGUCCGGGUUUUCUUUUUUCGCAAACUGGCAAUGAAAAGGGGGAGAGAGACAGAGAGAGAGAGAGAGAGAGAGAGAAAGGAAUAAAGAAAGGAGAGAAAAAAAGAAAUGCGUAGUAGCAGCGUAGAACGUUAAGUAAAGUAAAAGUAAGCAAGGCUAGUUGGUAGUAGGUCGUAGUAAGUCAGUGAAGCUAGGCUAGGUGACCGAGUUCAAGUGCAAAGCCUUGUGCCUUCAGCAGCGGACAUCGGCUCACCGAGAAAAAAAAAACGAAACCAUGAAAUUUAACCGUCCGUUUUAAUUUUUUAAUAAUAAAAAAAAAAGAUGAAAAAAUCAACAAAAUCAAGCAAAAUAUUAAGUAAAUCUUGUGCAAACGUGGGAGAGAAAGAUUUAGAACGAGAGAGCGAAAGAGAGAGAGAGAGAGAGAGAGAGAGAAAACUAUGAGCGAAAGAGUGGGAGUGUGUGAGAAAACGGGAACUGUUAAAUUGCGUUUAGACGGUGAGAAAGGAUCGAGAGCGAAAAAUGUAAGAACGACCGAGUGAAUGGAUAAGAGAACACCGAAUUGAAGUGAGAAGGCAGAUUUCGCGAGAAGCUGACAGAAAUUGGAAUUUAGAAAAAAAAAGAGAGGGAAGAAGAUCUUUUCGAAAGAGAAACACGAAACAGAGUCGCGCCAGAUCAGCUGCAGACGAAUGUUGGUGUAGGAGGGUACGCUUCGACGUGUUGGGUCUCCAAGAUUAACCAGACCCUGGGACAUACAUACAAUGCUAGCAUUAAAAAUACACAUACUCGAUCGCUGAGAGCAAGAAGGCUGAUGGACGAAGCUGACAUUGAGAGAUGCAUCUCUCAAUCAGUGGACUUUCCAGUUGGCUCAUACACGAACAAAGAGUGACGAACACACAUACACACGCGCGCACGCACUUAGUUUCACUGAAGAAUCGGCUAAUUCGGGGAAGACACGGGCGCAUACACACAUCGGGGACACUAAACGUGAGCCACACACUGUACACUAAGAUUCUCAAUGUUGUAACACUGUAACUCUAUGCUAUUAACGUGAUCGUACGCCAGUUGUAAUUCCGUAGUAAGUUAAACGAAGCAAAACCAAAAAAAGAAAAAAUAUGAAAAAAAAAAAUGAUAAAUAAUGUGCGUGCAGAAUUUCGUUAAGUCUAGGGAGGAGAAAAAAGAGAAGAAGAAGAAGGCGAUUUAUUUUGGCGACAAAGACCUGGACGAAGGAACGACGUGCAAAACGAUGAGACUGGAUAACACGUAGAACGAUGGACGAGAGGAAGACUUACUAGUACUUCGCCUAGAGCAGAAUAGAGACAUCCUAUAGACACCGUGUUUUACUAUUGUACAGUUAUACAGCUGAAUGAUUCGCGAAAUAAUUCAAGCGGCACGUUACUAUAUAUCGCAGUAACAUCGUUUUAUCUCCGAAUCUGGUCGUUCCAGGGCCAACAGAAGGAUUUCAUGUUCGAUACUCGAGACGAGUCACGUGACCCGAUAUGAUCACCACCAGUCGUCACGUCCAUUAGGUUACGACAUUCUUUGACCGCCCCGGAUCGACUUGGUUCGGACAGGGACAAUCGAGACGUCCCAUCGUGUCUACGAUGAAAGAUCUACACAAACUAACGCCGCAAGGCAGACACUGCCACAUCGCAGAACAUCGUAGAAAGAAGCUUUGACGACUAUUUGCGAGACAGAACUGUUGGGAAGUUGAGAAAAAGACACCCAGACCAUCACUACCAUCGCCUACCAAUGUGAUUGUUGCUCGAAGUAAUUCACAUUGUUCUCCAGACGUCAGCGAGAUGAUAACACCUUUAGGAACUCGAUCAGUGUUUUGGACCAUUGCUGGAAGCCGAUAUAUCUAUAUAUAUAUAUAUAUAUAUACAUAUAUGCUUGAAUCUGAAGAUGACCAAUUGGAGCGAUCAAAUUUGAAAACAAAGGGAUUGUAGUCUGUCGGUAGAAUCUUUUGAAAGGAUGGCUCCAGCAAUGAGCAGAAACUGAGGAGGCCCAGAUAGAGACACCAGACAUAUUUGCACACACUUGUUGUACCACGAAAAACACACCAAGUGGUGUUUUUGGACAUCGCCGUUUUUGCUAUAGAGGGAGAGAGUCAGAUUGGAACGGAAGGAUUAUCUUGAAGCACGACGACAUUGCCUAUUGUAUACACCUGUAAAAGUAGCUGACAGUCGUCGAUCCGUGGUUGACAAAAGUGUUGGUUUGGUCACGGGUCGACGACGAAUUAACACGUUCGUUCGAAACUCUAAAGUCUUUACAGAGUUUUAACGUUUAAGCGUAAUGCGCCCGGGUAGCUUGUAAAAAUCUACUUCCUUUCGACUGUCGGUGGACAUUCCGCAGAGGCAUUUCACUCACAUUGCCAUUGCUGAAGAGUUGUUGAGGUCGUUCUCUCACGUGCGAGUGACGUAGACUGAGGUUUAGUUCGGGAUUGGAAUCAGCUUUGGUUAGAAUGAUCAAGAUCUGAGCAGGAUACGCUACUUUUAUUUACUUAAGACAAUCUGUCUUUAACCUGUUGACUGAAAUCUUGUAUUUCCAUACGUUCAUCAGUUUCAGAAAAAUAUUUGCACAUUUUUCUCUUGUCUUCUGAAGAGACAAAAUGAUCAAGGGGGGACUUUUUGGACAAUGGGCCACAAUGGGUAGAUGAAAUUCUAGUUGUAAUUUUUUAAUAUUAGCUACGUUCUUCGUUUGUUCUUGUUACAUUUACAAAAUAAAGAAAAAUCUUAUAACAGUAGUUUAACUGUUUGGCACUUGUAUCGGCCACAGACAGGAGGACCCAUCUUUCAAGAAGCUUCUCAAUUAUCUUUCAGAUACGAUUUUUAAAUUACGCAUCAACUUUGAAAGAAAGAAACACGAUUAACAGGUUAACAGAACAGAUUUAUAUAUGAGUGUCGACUCUUUUUCCAGGGAACUUGAUUGUUUUCACCAGAGAAAGCAAAAAAAGUACCCUUAGUGAUCAGUUAAAAAUUCUAGAUACUUGAUCGUGGCUAACCGAAGACGGUAAAUCGUCCUUUGGAUGAUACAAUGCCAAAGUGAAAAUCGUGCAAUACAAAAAGAAAAAAAAAAAAGUCUGUGGUGUUCGGUUUGCUAAACGAGAGAACGACACUGAUGAAAGAAGAUCUCUGUAACGUCGAGCGCAGGAAAAUUCGUCACGGACCGUCGACGGCAGGUCGUCAUCAACACAGACUCUUUCGUUUUCUAGAACCGACCUCGAGUCCGCGCGAAGAAUCUUCGCCGCGAUUCCCGAUGCGGCGACACCGUCGCGCGAAGUUCGCGUGGCGGCCGCGAGAUGCCGGCGUUGAGAUACGACGACUCGUGGUAGCCUCGAGCGACGUUUUCCUCUCGCGUUAGAUGAGUUUGACGUCUACGAGAUCGGCCCGGGAAUCAAGGUGAACCGCAUCCUUCGUCGAAUCAAAAACCGGUCACACGUUACUCCGUAUACGAGUGCGAACUGAUAGAGAGAGAGAGAGAGAGAGAAAAAGAGAUGAAAAAGAAGAGAGAAAGGAGAAGCAAAAGAGAGACGGGAUGCAAGAGUGUGUGAGUGAAGGGGCGACGAGCGAACGAGAGAGAGAGAGAGAGAAAGAGAGAACGUACACAUAUACCACACAGAGGCACGCAUACAUACAGAUGGACUCACCACAUACACACACAACACACGUGGACAGAACACCUUUUGAAACGAAAGAAAAACUACAUGCAAUUCUACGAUCACUGCCAAGGGCGUUAACUGUCGACGUCGAUUUCUCAUUGUCUAGAUGUGUCGUAGUCGUCGUAUUUCUCGCACGUUGCUGCAAACUGCAGUCAAACAAAGUGAUAAUAUCAGAGCGAAGGAAAAGAGCAGAAACUGUGAACGUUAGAGACAAAGGACAUAGAGACAUGGCUGCUACCACGCGCGUUAUAUCUGACGACAUCUAGAGAUAGAUCAGAAAUGGCUGACAGAGAGAGAGAGAGAGAGAGAGUUGUUUUAAUUUAUUGGAAGCUGUAGAAGAAACGGAGGAAGCUUAUAAAUUGAAGAUUAUUAUAAAUAAAGUUAAAUGGAUUAUACUUUGUUAUGGUAGUCCGGAUGCAUUAUUCUUCUGGGUUUUAUAAACGCCGUUGGCGAAACGAUAUUCUCCGUCAUCUUUUCUUUUUUUUCUUCUGUUCUCGCCCGCGCGAAUAAUGUACCGAUUUAUAUAAUAUGUACAUAAUUGUUAUUUGUAAAACGAGAGAAUGAGAGAGGAAGAGAGAAAAUGUAAGAAGCCCUGAGAAUUUUAAUCGA